AUGAGCGGGAUAGAGGUAGCUGGCCUUGUACUUGGCGCUCUGCCGCUUAUUAUCCAAGGGAUUGAAAGCUACAGAGAAGGACUCAGUACCCUGAAGAGCAUGUGGGAUCGAGAGCAUGAAUUUCCCGCCCUGCUCAGGAAACUCAGGGCCCAGCAUGUUCACUAUGAGCUAACGAUUCGGAUUCUUUUCGGAUCCAUUACGUCGGACGCUGAAUGGACAAGGAUGACGACUGAUCCUAUGGCAUCUCAGGAACUAUGGAAGAGCAAGGAGAUCGCACUGCAAGACAAGCUCCAAAACGCGUACGAGUCGUAUAAAAGUACCAUGGCGGAGAUUGAACAGAUAACGAAGAGCAUCGCGGGCAGACUAGAUCUGGAUCGUGCAGCCGAGCUUACUAGAAAUGAUCUCGAGGCGCUCCUUGCCGCGAACCCUAAAAAGGCUGACGAUAAGUUCGAAUUCAGGAAGCGUGUUCGUUUUGGUAUGAAGAAGAAGAAUGUGAGCGCACUUCUAGAGAAGCUCGAUGAGUGCAACAGGCAACUCGAAAGGCUCACAGAAAAGAGCGAAAAGAUUGAGACGUACCACAGACCUACAAAGCCUUCGUAUGCCACUCGCUUGCAGAAGCUGCAGCGAUACGCCAAGAUUCUACAUGACGCACUAUGUGUGUGCUGGUCAUGCUCAUGCAAAUCCUUCCAUACAGCAAGUCUCCAACUUGAUCCUAGGGGAGACGUGUUUGCGCCAAGAUUCCAGAAGACACUUCACUCCACUAAAACUAGUUUCAAUAUUUCUUUUUCGACUGUCUCCUCAGAUAGCACUGGAGUGCCGUGGUCGUUUCAGGCUGCCAAGAUCUCCGUCGACGAGGAGGAGGACGACUAUCUUACACCGAUGGUCUCUUCUAAACCCAACAGGAUGCAAAGAAAUGUCAGCUUCGGAUCACUUCCGCCUUAUGCAGUUCAAGACCCGGCGACCAGUUCACCACCUUCUUACCAAGAGGUCAAUGACCUCUGUGCAUCUAUCCAGCAACUAUAUAAGACAUCCCCGACUAUCGGCUUCUCCUUGGAUAGUAAAAGCAAGUUACGGGGCGCUUAUGCAGUCGACACCGCAGGAGCACAUAUUCCUAGUGCCGAACUGAUCUCUCUAGAGACACUGUUAGAGCGACCACCAGUCAUUAAUGGAAGACGAUCCAAGUUGAGCAGGAAAGAAAGAUAUAGCUUGGCGUUGACAUUAGCGUCCAGCAUACUCUACCUAAACUCAACUCCAUGGCUCGCCAAUGAAUGGACUGCGCGAGACAUUCUUUUCCAUCGAACGUCGGACCCCAUGCGUCCGAUCGAUCUCAACCACGCAUACCUCGCGCCGAAUGUAACCGACCGCUUAGAGAACGGUUCAAAAGGCUCCAAGCAAGUGGUUUUGAAGAAUAGCUUCCUGCUUGCUUUGGCGGUCUCGUUACUUGAGCUUUAUUUCGGGACAACUGUCGAAAAAUAUAAGGAGUCUGAACUUGAGGAUGAGGUUGCUGAUGCAUCAGCGAAUCAAAAGUAUACUCUCUUCACAUUGGUGCAUAUUUGGACAGACAGCGAGGCCGAGAACCUCUCUGCUGCCUUCCAAAAUGCAAUCAGUCAUUGCAUGAAAGGGUAUGGCGAUCCCACCGCUAGCUUACAAGACACCGACUGCCUCCAAGCAGCAGUUGAGAAUAUCGUCCUACCGUUGCAGGAGGAGCUCAACCAGUUUCUGGGCAAGACAUUGGCUUAG